AUGAUAGACAUUAAGAUCGAAGAACUAAGGAAUUCAAGUGAAGCAGAUCAUUUGGAAUAUGGUAACUUAUUAGAUGAUAAAAGUAUCGAGUUUAUAGUUAUAAAGAAUAAAGAUUUAUAUAUUUAUACAUAUGAUACCCAAAAGAAGAAUAUAUAUUUGUUAUAUGAGACCAAAUUAAAUGCUCCUAUUUUAAAAUUAGUUAUUUUAAAAGAUAUAUUUUUAAAUAAAAAAAAAAAAUAUAUAAGUGGAAUACUUUUGAUUUAUAAAAAUAUACAUUUUAUAAUUUAUAAAUAUAAUAAAAUUUUAAAUAGCUUAGUAAUAGUAUUGAGACAUACAUUUAAUAGAGAAAUAAAAUUUUCAUCGUUAUUUUAUAAUUUACCAUGUGCGAUUAAUUAUAUUCAUAAAUAUGAUAAUUUUAAAUAUAAGAAAAAAAAAGAAAAAAAAAAAAUAUAUGAUGUAACUAAUGAGAAGCAUUUAAGUAAAUAUGGAAAAUCGAGUCUUCAUGAUAAUCGACUUUGUGAUAUGAAAGUAUAUAGGUUAAAAAAAAAGAAAAAAAAAAUUAAAUUAAAGUUAUUUACUAAUAAAGAUAAAGAUAAAGAUAAAUAUAAAUAUAAAGAUAAAAAUAAAGAUAAAAAUAAAGAUAAAGAUAAAAAUAAAGAUAAAGAUAAAAAUAAAGAUAAAGAUAAAAAUAAAGAUAAAGAUAAAGAUAAAGAUAAAAAUAAAGAUAAAGAGAAUAACGAAUUAUCAUCAAAUAAUAAAACCACAAAUGUUGAAGAUAUGAUAAUAGAGGAUGAUAAUUUUAUGAACAACUUAAAUAAUAAUGUUGAUGAAUACAAAAAGGAAUUAUAUUUUUUAAAUAAUUAUUGUUUAAAUUUUAAUAAAAAAAAAAUUAUAAAGACCAAAAGAAAAAAAAUUAAUUUUUGUGAAUUUUCCUUUACAUUUUCUUAUAAUUUUAAAACCUUAUAUACGUUCUUUUAUACAACAAAAAAAAAAAGUAUAGAAGAAACAAAAGAAAAUGAAAAAAAUGGUAGGGUUAGGAAGGAAGUCCAAACGAAUUAUUUUUCGAAUGAUAUAUACCUUGAUAAUAUAAGUAAAAUUAAGUUACACCAGAUAUACAAACAUUUUGUUUUUAUAAAAAAAAUAUUUUAUCAUGACAAUUUGGCUAACGUAGUUAUUCAGAGGGACGCGAUUAAUGUUGGUCAGAGAAAAAUAGAAGAGUUAAAUUUAAAGCUUGUGACUUUAAGAGUUGAAAAAGAAAAGUUUGAUAUUGUCGAAUUAGUAAAUAAUAUACCUAACGAUAUGGUGGAUAUAUUAAAAUAUAAGAACAUUGUUAUAUGUAUAUGUUAUGAUUAUAUAUAUAUAAUAAAUAUGAUAAGCUAUAAGAAAGUUGUUUAUUUUUUUAAUAAGACUAGUUAUAUAAAUGAAAUAUUUGAUUUAAUGAAAGACAAUUGUUUAUUUGUGGAUUAUACUUAUUUUAAUAUAAAUUUUAGAAUUUUAAAUGUUCAUACAAAAAAUAAUAAUAUAUAUUUAUUAAAUAAAAAAUAUAUAAUACAUGGUCAUAUAUCUAAAGAUCUUAAUGAUUUAAUACAUUUAAUGCGGUGGAAUAUAACAUAUAAAUUUAUGUCAACAAUAAAAACGUCAACGUUUUUUACUUUUUCAAAACAUUUAUAUUUUGUGUAUUCCUAUGAUGGGAUAGGCGGUGUGUCGGAUAUAUGUAUCAUACGAAGAAAAGAACAGAGAAAAAAAAAUAAAAAUAUUAAUAAAAAUGAAAAAAAUGAAAAUAAUGAAAAAAAUGAAAAAAAUGAAAAUAUUAAUAUUUAUAGAAAGAGAAAAAAUACCAACACCUUUUCGUGUGCACCUACGAAAAGACCUAAAAAUGAGGAUAUAGAAAAUAAAUUUAUGCAAAAUGUAAAUCUUAACAUUGUUCAAGAGCACUCUUCUUCUUAUUAUUAUAAUGAUGAUAAUAAUAAAAAUUGUGUAGACAUUACAGAAAAAUCAAACGAGAUAAUUCCCACAAAUAAUGAUAUAACUCAAAUGGAAAAUAAUAAUAAAAAGGAAAAAAAAAAAAAAAAUAAUAAUAAUAAAAAGGAAAAAAAUAAUAAUAAUAAUAAAAAGGAAAACAAAAAUAAUAAUAAUAAUAAAAAGGAAAAUAUUUGUACCAAGUUAAAGUAUUAUAAAAGAAAUAAUAAUUUCCUUUUUGAUUUAUUAAAUUAUUUAAAUAAAAAUAUAAACGUCAAUGAAUAUACAAAGGAACUGAAUAAUAAAAAAUAUGAUUUGUUAUUUCAAAAAUAUAAAAAAAAAAUAAAAAUUUUAGAAAAUCAUUUUUCAAAGAUUAAUGCUCAUGGGAAUAUAGAAUAUUCCUCUCCUUUAUUUUUUAUGAAAAAAAAAAAAAAUAAUAAAAUAAAAAAUAAAAUACAAGAUAAAAAUGGCAAAAUGAAUGAUCAUUUUAAUAAAGUUAAAGAUACUGUUUUGAAUGAAGAAAUAAUAAUACAAGAGACGCAAGAGAAAAAUAAGGAUAAUGAUAAUAAUGAUAAUAAUAAUGAUAGUAAUGAUGAUAAUAAUAAUAACAACAACAACAAUAAUAAUAAUAAUAAUAACAACAACAAUAAUAAUAAUAAUAACAACAACAACAAUAAUAAUAAUAAUAACAACAACAAUAAUAAUAAUAAUAAUAAUGAUAAUAUUUUAUUUUUUUCAAAGGUUGAUAAAAUAUCAUUCAAAGGAAUAUUGAUAGAUAUACAUAAACUAUAUGAUCAUUUUUCAUCCAUAUAUAAAUGUAUAUAUAUAUCUCUUAUAGGAAAGAAGAAAAAGAGUACUAUUAAUAAAGUGUUUUUUGAAUUACCCCUUGUUCUUAAAUUAGAUAUAGAAUUCUUACAAUGUUAUAUAAAGAAUAUACACUGUACACAAAUACAAGAUCAAAAAAUGCGUGAGAAGGAAUACAGAAAUUAUUAUAGAAGAAAUAAUCGUAAAUAUAAAGACACACCCAUUCAAUAUAUUCUAUUAAAUUUAACACAAGAAGAUUGUAAUAAUAAAAAAAUAGAAUUAAAUGAUAUAUCUAAAAUGAAGAAAUUAAAAAAUUAUCCUAUGGAGAAAGUUCUAUGUAAUAAAAAGAAUGAUUAUUUAAAAGAUGAUGAACAGAAUAGACAUAUCUUAUUAUGUAUAAAUAAUAUGAUUUUUUUAAAAACGAAAAGAGCAAAUCAAUAUUUUGCUUUAUAUGAAAAUAAUAAAUUAAAAAGAAAUCUUUUUUUAAGACAAUUUAAUGAAAGGAUAAGUAUGCUUUAUAAAUAUGAUAAUAAUGAGAAUCUUAAUCAUGACGAUAAUCCUAUUGAGUAUCAAAAUAAUUCUGAUUUAUUUAUAAAUAAUGUAAAUGAUGUGAUGUAUUCAGAUGAUGAAGCUAUUGAAGAUAAAGAAAGUAUAGAACAUGAUGAAGAUUGUUACAAUAAUUCUUUAUGUUUGUUAAAAGAAAAAGAUAAUGAAUAUGUUAUAGAUGAUACCAAAAGGAGAGAUGAUAAUAUUAAUUUUAUGGAUUUUAAUACAAAUCGUUUUAAUAAUCUUAGUAGAGAUAAUUAUUUUUGUUCAGAGAAAAUUAUGUACAUGAUAAGAAAUAAUUCAAAUAUUAUAAAUAUGAAUAUGAAAACUAACGAUAUAUAUGAAGAAAUACAUUUAACAAAUACAUUGAUGACUAUUGAAAAAUAUUUAUUAUUUUUUAAAAAAACCAAUUUAAAUUAUUUUAAUAAUAAAGAUGUUACGUUUUAUUUAAAGAAGAUAUAUUUUCCAUAUAUAAUAUAUGAACAUGAUAAUAGUAUUAUAUGUAACCAAAAAUAUAAUUCUAUGGAUAAAAAAGAUAUGGAGACAAGACAUAAAAAUGUACAAAAUAUCGAAAAAGGUAUUAACUAUAAUGAACAAAUAAAAGAUGAUAUAUCUAAAUAUUAUGAGGAAGAUAAAAAUUUUGUUAACAAAUUAUGUUUUUAUUUCUCUUAUAAAAGAAUAAGAAAAGAAAAUCAAUAUAUUUAUGAUGAAAUGAAAAGUACACAAUAUUAUAUACAAAAAAAAGUGUUACAUUUUUUUAUAGAAGAAAAAAAAGAAAAUAUAAAAACACAUAUAAAUUUAAUAGACACAACUAUAGCUUUUUUAAAUUAUAAAAAUAUUAUCUUAGUACAAGUAUGUAAAUAUGAAAUCAAUAUUUUAUAUUAUAAGAAUACAUAUAUCUUGAUCAAAAAAAUUCUUAUUAAUGAUUAUCCUGUUAAAAGUUGUGAAUUAAUAGAAAAUUAUUUAAUUAUAUUAUAUGAAAAUUAUAAUUGUUCUAUAUAUAUAUUAAAUAAAAAUGUUAUAAAAGAAUGUAUAAAUAUAAUUAAUAAAAUAAUCUUUUUAUAUAAUAUAUGUACUAUACAUUGUUUAAUAUAUGAAAAUAAAAAAGAACAAAUAAAUAUAUAUAACUUUAUUAAAUUUUUAAAAGAAAAAAAUAUUUUAUCUACAAAAAAAAUGUCAUCACACAAAUGUUAUAAUAAUAUGAAUACAUAUAAUGUAAUACAUAAUUUAAAAAAAAUUAAUAGUGAUGAAUUAUAUUAUAAUUUUUAUGAUUUAUAUAAAAUAUUUCAAAUAAAAAAUUUAUCCAUGUUAUAUGAUUUUAUAAAAAGUAAACACAUUCAUAUAGAUAAUAUAUUUCAAAUCUAUAUUCCUAAUAUUAAAAAUAUUGAUUGCUUAUCAACAUUAUAUCAUAAUAAAAGACAUUUAUAUUUAUCUUUCUUGUCGAACACAAAUAAUAAAACAUUUAAUAUUUUGGAUAUUAAAAAGAAAAAAAUUAUUUUUAAAAGUAACUAUAUCAUGGGGGUUCCAAAAUAUAUAUAUAAUACAAUAAAGAAAAAUAAAAAUAAAAAUAAAAAUAAAAAAACAAAAAAAUGUGACGGUGACCAGGAACAGCAUGUUGAUAAUAAUAAUAAUAAUAAUAAUAAUAUAAAAGAAGAUAAUAACAAAAAAUUUAAUUAUAAUGAUAAAUCAUUUAUAAAUUAUUUGAAUGCAGAAAAAAUUAUUAAUGUUCUAUUUUUUAAAUUAAAUAAAGACUAUUUUUUAAUCAUUUUUUUAACAGGUAGACCAAUAUUAAUAUAUAAAUCGUUUUUUUCUCUAAACAAAAAAAAUAAUAAUAAUUUAUUUUCUAGUCUCAAAUUUAAAAUCAUUGUUCAUAAAUUUAUUCAACCUUUGGUAAGUAAUAUUAUGUAUCUUCCAAGAAAUACAAAUUCUAUUAGUAAUAAUAAAAUAUAUGAUGAUAAUAUUUACAAUGGUUCAUAUAUACUUUUGGAUGAGCAUAAUUUUAAAGACCCUACAAAUAAAAAAAAUAAUAAUAAUAAUAAUAAAAAAAAAAUAAAUAAUAAUAAUAAAAAUAAUAAUAAUAAAAAAAAAAAUAAUGUUUAUUAUAAUUGCCUUGUUGUGUACCCAUAUAUAGAUAUAAACAAAAUUACAACAAAUAUAAGUCAUGAUAAAAAUGUAUCGAAAGAAUUAUUUGAAAAAGAUAUAAUGAACAAUUAUUAUAUUAAUUAUCCCAUAUUGUUCUUAUCUAAUUAUAAGGGGAAAUUAUAUAUACACCCUUUAAAUAAAGAAACACUACAACAAAGUUAUCAUAAUAAUAAAGAACAGAAAGAACCAAAUAAAAGCAAUAAUAAUUACAUUAUACAUUAUGCACAUAAUAAUAUAUUAUAUAAUACCAGAGAUAUUUAUGGACAUAUAAAAGGUUUACACAAAAUAGAUCACAAUGAAUUUAUAAGCUUCUCAAAUAACAAAUUUCAAAUUUUUAAUAUAAAUGAUUCUAAAUAUAAUUGUGUUAUACCUAAAUCCACACAAGUUAAUAUUAGAUCUGAUUUUUUUCUUACGUCCACUAUAACAAAUGAACAAUCUAAUGAAAGCAAUAAUAAUAAUAAUAAUAAUAAUAAUGGAAAUAAACAUAAUUAUAGUAAUAAUAUCCAUUUGAAUAAUCCAUAUGAUGAUACACACCUUGGACAUAUUAACUCUUAUUGUAAUCCAAAUCAUAUCAGCAUACAAAAUGAUAUAAUAUUCUUUUCAAAAGGUUCCAACUUAAUAAAUCUCUCUUUUAAUGAUUCUUUCUCGGCAAAAAAAAUUCUGUCAUACCCUUAUAUUCAUAAAAUGUGCAUAUCGAAAGAUGAUUAUGUUUUGAAGAAAGCACGAAAAGGUGGAAGAGGCUGUUACAUCAACAAAAAAAAAUGUAUUAAGGAAAUGGAUGAAGUGAAUGAAGUGAAUGAAGCGAAUAAAAUGAAUGAAACGAAUGAAGCGAAUAAAAUGAAUGAAAUGGAUGAAGUGAAUGAAGCGAAUGAGACGAAUAAAAUGAAUAAAACGAAUGAAACGAAUAAAAUGAAUGAUAAUUAUAAAAAUAGUUGUGAUAAUGACGAAUAUGUAAAUAAAAAGAAUGGUUAUAAUUCUUCAUAUAAUUUUCCAUAUCAUGUAACAUUUGGAAAGGUGCUAGCAGUUGUUGUUAGAAUAAAAUAUGAUGAAUAUUAUUGCUUAAAGAAAUUAUUAAAAAAAAGAAUUAACCUACAGAAAGAUGAAAUAAAAAAUAAUACCUUAUAUGAAAAUGAAGAAAUACAAUGUAUACCAAAUAUAUAUCUUGAUGAUUGCAUUAAUAAUCAGUAUACACAUCAAAUAAAAAGAUUUUUACCUGUUCAUACAGAACAUACAACAAACAAUUUGAAAAAUGAUCAUAUAUUAAGAACAAAUAAUAAACUUAUUCAAUCUGUUCAAACAUAUACAAAAUAUUAUAAAUUAUUAUUAUUCCACGAAAAUAGUAAACAUGUAUAUGGUUAUUAUAUUUUUGAACACAGUGAAGAAAUUCAAUGUGUCUCUUUUGGAUACCUUAAUAAUAAGGAAUAUAUUUAUAUAAGCAGUGGAAUCAAUAUUAACGAAAGAAUAGAAACACAAGGAAAUAUAUAUAUACUUGAUUUUAGUAAUAUAUUCUUUAAAUUUAAUAAAAAUCAUUUAGACUCAUAUUUUAACUCUUCUCGUAAUGUUGAUAGCUUUGGAAAAUCGCUAGAUGCUCAUCAGAAAAAUAACGAAAAUGAUGAUGUAAUGAAACAAAUAGGAAUUAACAAAUCCGAAACAAAUAAUUAUCAUCUUAAUAAUGACGUUAACGUUAACGUUGACGUUGACGUUGAUGUGAACCAUAUAAGUGAGGCCAAUCAAAAUCAAGAUUUAUUACAUACAGAUAAUUCAGAUAAUAAUAAAACCGAAACCACAAAGAAAGGAAAACUACUGGUUUACAUGAAAAAAACAUAUAACAACUGUGUAUCUCAAAUUCUCCCAUUUUAUGUUCACACAGAUAAUUAUAAUAGUAAUAUUAUGUACGGAGGGAGAAAUUUUAAAAAUCCUACAAAAAAUGAAGGAAAGGAAUAUUUUCUAAAUAAUGAAGAUAAAUAUAAUCUUGAUAAAAAUAAUACAUAUUGGAAUGAUAUGAAUGAUUACAAUAAUAACUGUUAUAGUAAUAUUCUUCAUUGUAUUAAUUCCAAGAUUUAUAUACAUGAAGUAAACGAUAACGAUUUUACUAAAGGUGCUUUUCUUGAUAAUAAUUUUUAUAUUAGUGAUAUUAAAAUAAUGAAAAAUUUUAUUAUUAUUGCUGAUUUAUUUAAAGGGAUUUUUAUAAAUAUGUAUAAUUAUGAAGAACAAUAUGAUAGUCGAAGUAUUAUUUCCAUAUCCAAAAAUUUUUAUAGUAACAAUUUAAAUAUAUUAUGUUGUCAUUAUAUUAUAUUCAACUCUUUUAUAUCAAUUAUUGCUAUGGAUGUUUAUAACAACUUUAUUGUUUUCUCAUAUAAAAACUAUCAAGAUAUUGAUAAUCUCUAUAUAUUCAAUUAUUUUAAUUUUAAUAGAAGAAUUGUUAAAUUUAUUAACGCUUUAAAUAAACAAGAUAACUCAAACAUUGCUCUGUCCUUAUCCAACGAUGGUAGUGUACAUUUAUUUCAUCCAUUAAACCAUAAACGUUUUCUUUUCUUUAAAGAAAUAUAUAAUAUUACAAAGAAAUAUAUCUUUCCAAAUUUAGCUGUAAAUGUCCAUACUCAUCUAAAACCAGACUUUUUCAUCCAAUCCAUUGUCUUAAAUUUGUACAAAAAAACGGAUAGCUAUUUGGUGAAAAAUAUUUUAUUUGAUGACUUGUUAAGACAACUUCCGUUUUACUCUAGCGAAGUGCUAUACGAGUUAUUUUAUGAGAAGUCCAACUUGCUUCAGCAUAUAACCAUAGGCGAGUUUUUAAAUGAGCUCUAUGUAUUGAGCCUAAAUUAA